AUCAAGGGGAAGCAUCAUUAAGCCAACAACUGAAAACCACUCAACAUGCGUCUAUUUGUGACCCUUUGCUCUCUGCUGGUUCUUAGCCAAGCCAAGCCCCAGGGCUAUAGCUAUGGCAGCGGAGUCUCUGGUACCUUGACCACCUCUAGCUCCACUGGAGGAUCCAGCGGCGGUUUCCUGACCGCUCCCAGCCACUCCUCGGUGGCUUCCUACGGGCCGCUGGGCGCUUUCCAGACCGCCAGCGUUGGCUCCCUGGUGGGCAGCUCCUCUGUCCCCCAUACGGUGAGCCACUACAGUGGUGGUCAGGGAGCCACCUACACCACUGGCGGCGGUAAUGGUCACGGAGUGACCUACACCACUGGCGGUGGUAAUGGUCACGGAGCCACCUACUCGACUGGCGGACAUGGAGCCACCUACUCGACUGGUGGACAUGGAGCCACCUACAGCACUGGCGGUUCCUCCAACUACGCCGGUAGCACCUUCACCGGAUUUGGACCCUCGCCCAACAUUGGAUUCGGUACUCUGGCCGGCUAUCAGGCACCCACCUACCAGCAGCAGCAGGAGCAGGAGAUCCAGCGUGGCUUCCAGGAGCCCAUUAUCCACAAGCAGUUCUUCACCGUCGCCGCACCCGAAGAGCAUGAGAAUCUGGAGCGUUCCAAGCAUCUGGUGAUUGGACGUCCGCAGAAGAACUACCGUGUGGUAUUCAUCAAGGCCCCAUCAUCAAGCAAUGCCAACGUCAAGCUGUCCGCCGAAUACGCCCCCAAGGAGGAGAAGACCGUCAUCUAUGUGCUCAGCAAGAAGGACAACCAGCUGGAGGUCAACGAUAUUGCCACGCCCGCGCCCACGGUGCCCAGCAAGCCGGAGGUGUUCUUCAUCAAGUACAAGACCGAUGCCGAGGCCUCUCAUGCCCAGCAGCAGAUCCAGGCCGAAUACGACAGGAUCGAGGGAACCUCAGAGCACCAGGAUGGUGGAGUGGCCCCCGCUCAGUCGGUUGUGGGCAUCUUGGAUGGUGGUGCUGUUGGUGUCGCCAGCUCUGGCACCUCUCACUAUGUUUCCGGAGUUACUGGCUCCACUGGUGGCAGCACUCACUAUGUUUCCGGAGUUACUGGCUCCACUGGCGGCAGCUCUCACUACGUUUCCGGAGGCACUGGCUCCACUGGCGGCAGCUACACUACGACCUCGUCGUCCGGCGGCACCUCUGGCGGAAUCACUGGAGGAGUCAUCUCCAGUGGCACCAUCAUCAAGAAUGCCAAGAGCUCCGUCUAUCUGCCACCCAAUGGCAAAUAGAUGGUCCGCAGCAUAAUGAUGAA